UUAGAAUUUCUACAAUUUUUUAUAACAAAAAUUAAAAGAGAAUAACAAUAGAAAACUAGAUAUCGAAUUUUGGUUGUAAAUUAUAGCCAUUGUUAUUAUCAAACUUGGAUAUUACAUUGAAAGUUAUAUUAACUACAAAUAAAUGUGAUCAUUAUGGUACAAUUUCAAUGCUUUGAGAUUCAACAUUUUUUUUCUCGAUUCAUUUGAACGAUAAAAAUUAACUAUUAUUUUAUGGAAGAGCAUACAUACUUUAAACACAUUUAAAAAUUUUAAACAUGAGUGAUCAGUUACAAACUUCUAAUAAUGUGCAAGAAAGUGCAGUGUCUAAUUCACAAGCAAGUUCUAGCUGCAGUAUUAAAAGAAAAUGUUAUAAAUUAUUUUUCAGCUGUUUUAAAAAUCCAUAUAAAGGAAAAUCUAAAGAAGGCACUACAAAUUAUGAUUCUAACAAUUAUGAUUAUAUUGUUGAAAAACUUGUUAUUAAACGUGUGCCUUUUAUCUUUUCUGGAAUACUUACAAAUGCAUCAGAAAUUAGAAAUGAUAAUUUUAUUAAAGGUAUUCAAAAACCAUUAAUAAAAAUGAAUACUUCAGAAACUCAAUCAAUAUUAUAUUGUUCUGAAGAUUUAAAUGAAAAUACAAUACCUGUAGCAAUUGUUAAUAAAUCUAUGAAGGUUGAUUCAAAUACAGUUAUAUCAAAUGAAAUAAACAACAAACUUACAUUAUCUACUAAUUACGAUGCUAGGAUAAUCGAACUAAUAAAUACUUUGACUAGUUUACAUCCAGACUUGAAAGAAUGCGAAAAAUGGAUUAAAGAUCCUUGUUGUUCAAACAUACAUACACCUAAAAGUAUUUUGGCUAGAAAUACUGAACAAAUUACUCCAAUUAACAAUAAAGAAUUUGGAGAUGCAAAAUCUAUAAUAAAAUCAAAAAAUAAGCAGAAAAUUUAUUAUUCAAAACAACGUACAUAUCUCAAUGAAUUUCAAGACAAUGAUAAAGAACCAUUUAUUCAAUCCGAUCAAGGUAUAUUUCAUAGCCUUAAAAGUUUAACAACGUUUUUUGACCCAAAUCAAUUGAAUAGAGAAAAUUCUAAUGAAAAGCUUAAACAAAUUAAAAGUAAUUCCCAACAUAAUCAACUUGCUUUGAAAAAUGAAUCUAAAGUACUAGGUGAAAGUAUCAUAAAUAAUAAUAAUACAUUAGAUACAGCGUUAAGAUGGAAAAUUACUGUAAAGCAUUUUAAAUCCCAAUAAUAUUAUUGUUAUAAUAAUUCUCAAGAAACUAACAAAUAUUUCAAUGUUAAUUAAUUUAUUCUUACAUGCAUUUAAAUUAGUCAUUUUUAUAAUAAAUUAUCAUCCAUUCUGAUAAAUAGUUAAUUAUUAUAAGAUGUAUUUAUUAAGUUAAAUUGAAGAACUGAUACGGAUAAAAGCAGGGUCCAAAAGAAAGGUAAUGCUAACAUUUCAUCAGGCAUCUGAAUUCAUACUAUUCAACAAUUUCAAAACUAUACAUUAAAAAGUAAAUUCUGAAUAUAAAUGAUCUUUAUAAAAAAAAUUAACUGUGAAAUAUUUUUUCAAGUCAAUCACUGUUCAUUAUGACGAAUUUAACAGUAAUAUUUUUUUCUCAAGUUUUGGAGGUGAAAACAAAAAGUCUUGUACGAUACAAUUUAAUUCUUCCAAGGCCAAAUGUGCAUGCAAACGCAGCACAGGGUCUUGAUCAUUAUCUCGUAAAUAUUUCAGCCCGCGAUACAGAUCUACCAAAUCCUUCCCAAGGGUAGUUAAUGUAUCCUUUCCAAUACCUCGAAGUAACAGAGUACUGGUCAUAACUGCAGCUCGCCGACAUUCAGGUGCUUUAUCUGAUUUUAUAAUGCAAGUGAUGCAGUACAUUACCUAGAAAAAAUUUUGAAUUAAACCUUAUUUUCUAAUUUGACUUACAUAAACUUAAAUAAUAGAAUAUUCUAUCAUUAGUAUAACAUGAUAAGGACCCAGGUGGGCCAAGUAUUCUAAGGCAUGGGCAUGCUAAGAAGUCGCCAGGGGUCCCAAGGCUUAUGUCACAUUCUUUAAAAGCUUGUGUUAAUUAUUUGUGUUUACAUUAAUUAUGUUAAUUUUAUUGAUCAUUGGCAUUUUUAUUCCUAUGAGUAAACAGGACCCUAUGUGUUGCUUUACCCAGGGACUAUAGAGCUGUUAAGACAGCUCUGGGUGGGCUCCGGGUGGGAAACUUGUAAAAAACUUUCAAAUUUUUUUGUGAAAUGUUUAAACGUACCUCAAGAACAGUAUCUCCCAGUCGGAAACCUAGUACUUUACACAAUUCUCCUAAACAAGAAAGACUGGAAGAACGUACUAAGGAAUCUGGAUCGCGUGUAGCGCACAAGAAUCCAUUUAUUAACAGAUUUUUAUAGACUGAUACCAUCUCACCUGUCAAAUCAUGUAAAUCAAUUAAAAUUAGUGCAGAAAAA